AUGGCGGGGAAGACUAAGCUACCUCCUCCUACGACGCUGAGGAAGGCGAAACCCCGGCUGACGCUGCGCCAGCUUCUGUCAUACCUAGUGCUGCUCUCGGCUGCAGCGACACUUUCGAUCACCUUGCUUGCGGACCCAGCAGACGAAUGGCAGGACAACAUAUGGCCCUUGCGACCGCCGACGCCAUGGGACAUCUCGACCGACUACGCCUAUCCACGAAAACUCGAAUAUGAUGUUCAAGAAGGAACUUGGCUCCGCCUCGAUGUGCACCCCACGUCCGGCGACAUCGUGUUUGAUAUGGUUGGAGACCUGUAUUGCCUUCCGCGUAGUCGGGUCUCCGCCGGCAGUCUCGUCAAGGCCCACCCGAUUCUGUUGGGUGUACCCUAUGACUCUGACCCCCAUUUCUCGCCAACAGGAGACAGGAUUGUGUUCCGAAGUGAUGCAGAACUUGGAGUGGAGAAUAUCUGGGUUUUGGAAUGGAAGGGUUGCGAGGAAAUGGAUGUAAGGAGCAACAAUCCUGCUCUCAGGGAACAGGUCCUCGAGGAGCAGUUGUUGGCUGAAGGCGUUCCAGAGACUGCCCAAAGGAAAUACAAUCGCCUCGUCCGCGAAGGCCGCUUCGGAGCGCAAAGAGUUACGAACGAGACUUACCGAUGGGUCAGCGAUGCCCGCUUCCACCCAUCCGGUUCAAAAGUUAUUGCCACAAAGUGGUAUACUUCCUCGCGUUCUCUUGGUGCUGGCGAAGGCUGGGAAUAUUCGGUUCCGUCACUCGAAGAUAUCCGCAAGCAGAAGCCUCCUCGAAUCGAAGUUGGCAGCGGCAAGCGUGUUGUCAGCCGUUCUUUGCCUUUGGGUUGGACCUCAGAACGAUACGGAGACCAGCAAAUUGGACCAGAGCAACUGAUUUGGCACGGGGGCGACAGCAUCAUAUAUGCGAAGAACAUCAGGGACCCAAACCAAUUCACGUACAGUAAAGACGUGCACAGGGGCAUAUACGCGAUCUUCGAGAAGAACACCACCACAGGCACGACAGAAACGUUGGUCGGUGCCGCUCCUGGGGGUGCAAGUCGACCAGAGCUCUCGCGAGACCAGCGAACACUCGCCUUCGUCCGUCGGGUCCGGGACAAGGAAGCGCUUGUCCUGAAGGACCUUGAAACCGGCUCCAUCCACCACGUCUGGCACGGCCUAACCUACGACCUGACCACCGUCUCCGCGCCCAUGGGCACCUACCCCUCCUUCGCCUUCUCUCCAGACGACAGUGCCGUCAUCAUCUGGGCCGCAGGGCAGAUCUACUCUGUCCCCUUGACCGUCAACACUAAAGGCGAGAGGGUCGCAGCUGCAGAUCCACCACGGCCUAUCAGGUUCACGGCUCAUAUCGAGACGCGGCUUGCGGAAACGCGUCGCGGAGGCGUCGACCUUGUCGCAUACGAGACAAAGGACACUCAGAAAGUGACCGCAUUCAAGGGGCUGCGCGUCGACGACACGGGCAAGAAAGCUGUCUUCGAAGCUGGUGGGUUGAGCUACUGGCAAGGAGUCGGGAAGAAGGGCCCUGCGACGAAAGUUCCCGUCACCGAUGACGGCGCGCCGUACUUCUCCCCCUCAUUCGUGCACGGCGAGGACGACAUCGUCAUCCACGUCCGUUGGUCGGAUACCACGUAUUCCCAGUUUGAGUUGGCGAACAUCACGUCCGGGCAGGCCUAUAAAGUCGCUGGUGCGCCCCUAGGUCGGUACUUCUCGCCCGUUCUCUCUGAGACGCCUGGCCGCAAGCGGAAGAUCGCAUACGUCAAGAGCGGUGGCGAAUACUUAUCGGGCGACAUCCUUGCAACAGCUAAUCCUGGCCUCUACGUUGGUGAUAUAACACUGCCUUCCGACAAGGACGAAGAACUUAAGGUCAGCAACAUUCGAUUCGUGCCUUCUGAGAUCGACAUAGGCGGCCGUGUAAAUCUGCGCUUCGUGGGCAAUGACAAGACCCUCCUCGUGCAGCAGUCCGGCCGAGCCUUCAUCAUCGACCUCGAGGGCGAAACCGAUAUUGCUGGCAAGCCUCCGCAUUCGACGGUCGCGUCUGGCAGGAUGUCAAGCGAGCUGGUUGUUGCCCCAGAACUUAGGAAUGGCAAUGUCAGCGCGGAUAAUAUCGCGUUUGUCGACUUCUUCCAUGUGUAUCUUGCUCCUGGCGAUCGUGUCAAGGAAGGAGAGAGCGUGUGGUCGCGGCCUGCCAAUGCUACGGAGGGUCUGGUUAGGCUCAGUCAGGAUGGAGGACAUGAUAUUACUUGGUCGGGGGAUGGGAAGAAAUUGUUCUGGUUCCUGGGACCCUAUCUCCGCUCUCUUGAAAUCUCUAAACUCAAGCAAUGUUCCUCGGAGAUUGAGAAAGACCAUCUCACCUUCGGCAUUUCAUGCGUCAAGACACUCCUCCAGUAUGAGCAGAUCGACGUCGAGCACUCGACAGACAUCGCACGGCUGAAGAAAGAUGCGAAGAGGGCUGCGAAGACUCAUAAGGACUGGCCCAACGUCGAAUCUGACAACUCGGACGUCGUGGUCAUCAUCAACGCUACACUUCUUACGAUGGAGUCAGGCAACUUUGAGGAUGACUUCGUCAAAGGUGGUGUGAUGGUUGUGCGAGGAGGUGUUAUAGACUUGGUCAGUCGGUCGAAUGAUAACUUCGUUGCUCCUUCUGGGGCGGCUGUGAUCAACGCUGGUGGAGGCUUUGUCAUUCCUGGAUUCAUCGACGUGCACGCCCAUUGGGAUGGAUUCUCCGAACGAUUCCCUGCUAAGUCUUGGGAGAUGGAAGCCUUCCUUGCUUAUGGAGUCACGACGUUGCACAACCCUAGUGCAGACAACGUGGACGGGUUCGUGGAACGCAGCCGGGUCGAGCGUGGACAGAUGAUCGGACCUCGCAUCUUCACCGUUGGUGACAUCAUCUACGGUGCAGGCAUCCCAGGCGUCCAUCAGGACAUCGUAGAUAUGGACGAGGCCAAAUCUGCAUUAACAAGAAUCAAGGCUGAAGGUGGGACUGCAAGUAUCUCGUACAAGAAUUACAACAUCCCUUCAAGGGCUUCGCGGCAGAGGCUUCUCAAGGUCGCACAGAAUAUAAGCAUGAUCUGCGUUCCGGAAGGCGGAAUGAACUGGGAUUGGGACUUGACGUAUAUCAUUGAUGGAAUGACGACUGUGGAACAUGCCUUGCCUGUGCCUAUUCUCUAUGAAGACGUUAUCACCUUGUACGCCUUGAGCGGCACUGGAGCUACUCCUACCCACCUCGUCAACUACGGUGGUGCGUGGGCAGAGCAGCUUGUUUGGGCGAUACAUGAUGUGCCCAAUGAUGAAAAAUUACGUCGCUUUGAGAGGCACGAUGUUCUUCUGGCUUUAACCGAAUCCACCGCACGACCCGACCACUCCUACGCCUUCUACAACACAUCGGCUUCCGUUGCUGCCAUGGUUCAGAAAGGGCUGCUUGCCAACAUCGGCGCUCAUGGAGAACCCCCAAUCGGCAUGAACUAUCACGGCGAGAUGGCGUUUACUGGCGCUGGCGGGCUAAGUAAUUACGAGGUCAUUCGUGCAGCUACAUCGUCAGGCGCGAAAACUCUGGGAAUGUUCCCGUCUCUAGGCUCUCUUUCUCGAGGGAAGCUCGCCGACUUCAUCAUUUACCCUCCGGAGAUCGACCUUCUGGAGGGAGUAAUCGCCACAAAAACCAGUAAACUUCUUUUCGUUGCCAGGGGCGGUAGGAUUUGGGAUGCAAACACCAUGGUCGAGCUGUGGCCUGUUCGUGGCAGGAAACAAGUUAUGCCUGUUAUCAACGCAGAGUAA